UCUGCAUUUACUCACUCAUUCACAAUAUCUUCGCAUUCCAUUUCUCUCUCAUAGUGUUCUUCCUCCAAAUUCUACCUGUAAAAUCAACCACCACCAAAUGGCCGGCAAAGACGGAGUAACAACCAAGAGCGUCGGCGGCAGAGGCCAGCGAAAGAGUGGUGUAAAGUCGGUGUCUCGCUCCUCCAAGGCUGGGCUUCAGUUUCCGGUCGGUCGCAUUGCUCGUUUCUUGAAGAAGGGUCGGUAUGCCCAGAGGGUCGGUUCUGGAUCCCCUGUCUACCUCUCUGCUGUUCUCGAGUAUCUCGCCGCUGAGGUUCUGGAAUUAGCUGGAAAUGCAGCAAGAGACAACAAGAAGACUAGAAUCAUACCAAGGCACAUUCAAUUGGCUAUUAGGAACGAUGAAGAAUUGGGCAAACUUCUAGGAUCAGUGACAAUCGCAAGCGGAGGUGUUCUACCCAAGAUUCACUCUGUGUUGCUUCCCAAGAAUAAACCUAAGGGCGACAAGAGUGAAAAGGGAAGCGUAUCUCAGGAAUUUUAGGGUUUCUGAUUUAGGUGUUUGAAGAAUUUACUGGAUAAUAUUAGUAGGUUUUUGCGGAAAAUAUGUUAGUAGAAUUUAGUAAAUUUGAUGUGUGAUUAGCGUUUUAGUUGUUCGAUUUAACUGGUGUAAUCUUGGAUGUAUGCUUAAUGAACAGUUUGUUCAUAUUAAUGAAAAUUCCCAGUUUCUAACAUUUCAA